AUGGGGAAGUCUCCGGCGAAGUGGAUCAAGUUGGUGCUCUUCGGGAAGAAGAAGUCUUCGCGGUCCUGCUCCACCAAGGCCAACGAUUUAUCAAUUUUGACGUUGAUAAUGGAGGCUAUUCUUGAAAGACCAAAUUAUGAGUGCUUGCUGUUUGAUCUUGAUGACACUUUCUAUCCCUUAAGCGCUGGCAUCAAUCUAUCUUGUCGCAAAAACAUACAAGACUGUUUUCUUGGAGCUCUAUACGAGCACGGUUGCCAUUUUGACACCAGAAAACCUUCAGUUUUUGAAUUUAUGAAAGGGAAUGCUACCAACAUGGCACUUUUGAGAGGAUGGAGGUUGGCGGUGAACGCCGUGGUGCUGGACUUGGAGAAAAGAAAACAUAUUCUAUAA